UUAUCUCCGAGGAAGAGGGACAGGGAGAAUUUAGGGUUGCCGCGCGAUGGAUUACAUGGUGCGAUGGAGCAGCGGAGCUCUUCCACCGGAAGAGGACUCGUCACUCAGAGACCCUCUCGCAAAUGGCGAUCAUUUUGUCGAGGCGGCAUUGGAGCCACCGGCGAGAACUCAUCGGCAGCGCGCUGAUAGAGUGGCUGCGAUCCUCUACUGCGUCUUGCUGGCGGGCUUUGCGGGUCUCGUGAUCAGCUCUUCGUUUCUGGGAUUAGACUAUGCGUACCUUACUCCGAUGCUUUGCAGCGCCAAUGUUGUGAUGUAUCUCUUCACAGGCUUGCUCCAGCGCCAUUUGGCCGCUCAAGUGAAGAAGGAACGUCGGCAGGGGUUUCUCGAUUUCAGUGAAAGACUGGAGGCUUUGAUUCAGCUGCCUUGCAUCGUUAUAGCGAUCGGAAACAUGGUUCUUCUUUUGGUGCUGUCUUGGCAGCCGUUCCUGAUGAACGCAAGGAUUUCUUCGUUCUUGUUGAUCAGGUUCAUUCUACUGAUGGAAAUUCUUUGGGCUGCGGCAUUGAUGGGGUUAUACAUAUGGGCUGUUCGAACCCACCACAUUUCAGACAUUCAACCAGAUGCAAUGCACUUGCUCUAUUCCGCUCUUCAGUCGCCUACCCCACUGGGUGAUUUGAGGUACAUUGAUGGUGGAAGCUUAACCGAUCAGCAGGCAACGCUCCUGCGUUAUCAGCAAGAAAACCUGUGCUUUUUGAGUGAAGAGGUUCUGCGAUUGCAAGAGAUGUUGAGUAAAUAUGAAUGCUCACAAGAAGAUGGCACCACGCCCCAGGUCGAUGUGGCACAUUUGCUUGGAGCACGUGAGCAAGAACUACGUGCAGUAACAGCUGAGAGAGAUCAAUUGCAAGGUGAGAUACGCAUGGCGAGAAGUUUUAUUGCCGAGAAGGACUCCGAUAUCCAACGAGUGAAGACUUUGAACGAUAAGUACGUCGAAGAGAACGAAAGGCUCCGGGCUAUGCUGGACGAGUGGAGCGCAAGAACAGCAAAGCUUGAGCUUGCAUUGGAGGCUGAACGCCUGUCUAAUGCCGAGUUGCAAAAGCAGAAGCUAGUGCGGUCUGGUACUUCAGAAUCGAUGUAACUUGUUUUUGUAAUUUGUAAAUGUCGAAACUUGGAUUGCCAUGA